UGUAUUGUUUUGGCUUUAAACUUAAUAAGUUAUGUGAUUUAAAAUUUUAAUUAAUGAAUGUUAUUAUCCAGGCCUUUUUUCCAUAUUGUCCACCUUAUCAAGACCACGGGAUGUCCCAAUUUUUAAUAGGAUGGGACAACUUUUAGGAUGAGACGGGAUGAAAUACGAGACAAAAUUUAGUCCUGUGGACGGGACAUGGGAUAGGGGUGUCCCGAUCUCAUCCCAUCCCCUCCCCAUGAACACCCCUACUUAAAUCUUCACUUAAAAUGUUAGAAACCACAUAAUGAGAUUAGAGGGUCCUAAUAACCACAUGAUAAUCUAAAAUGCAUGCAGGCAUGCUAUAAAGGUAGUUAAAUAGGAAGAAUAAAGAUUAAGAAUAAUAACAACAUAAUGAUUACUUCAAAAUACAAAUUAUGUGAGUAAUUAUAUCUGUAAACACUAGCCUUACAUCCUCCUUAUUUCUCUUAUUGAACCCAUAGGCUGUCACAGUUAAACAUGAUCUGUCUAUGUGAUUAAACCUCACCAAGCUCACUAGUGACAAGAUGCAACCCUACCAAAGGUGCAAAGCUCAACACUAAAUCAUAGGUUCCCCCUCCUCCAUAACCUAGAGAGGUGUCACAUGUCCCAAGGGCUAACUCUAAUCCCGCCCAAAGGAAGGAGAAAUACCAAGGGCCUUAAGAAUGUAACCCAACCACUAGGCAUCUCAUGGUAAAGACUAGGUGGUCAAAUAUAAUACAUCUUAAUACUUCUAUAUCCACAACAACAACCUCUACCAACCACUACUCAACUCAUACUAGUCAACCUAUUCAAUCCAUGAUAAUGAAAUAUAACUUUACAUCAUUCAUCAAGCUUUACUAUACCAAAAUAUAAAUAUACCCAUAUAAAGAAAUCAAUAUAGCACAUCAUUCCACUUAAUAGGUUAUCAAGUCAAAAAUUCAUAUUAUAUAUGAUUUACACGUUAAAAAUGCAACACUAAAACAAACCAAGCAAGAAAAGUAAAUUAAGCGUGGUUACCUCUUAUCGUGUUAAAAUAACUAAUGUUACCCUACGGGUUUUUCAACGGAAGAACGGCAACUACCGAGAUGAAUAUAUAAAACCAUAUGAUGGGAUUUUGCCUUUUCAUCUCUCGUCCGCAAAUGGAUGACCAUUCAACAUGCCUCAACCAUGAUUGGACACAACUUGAGACGCUAAUCUCUCUUCUCUGUCUCAGCCCGCACACAGACCUGGUCCUGCAUAGUCGUAUCCGCUAGUGGUUGAGACCAGAACCUUGAAUCCUCAAAAAUAACUUGACACCAUGAUCUCCCACCUAUUAGGAUCUAUCAUGAUCCUUAAUAAAAUCCCCAAAUCAACUCUAAUGACUCUAUAAACUCAAUUAUGAAACUAGCAUGUUACAUAAUGUCGCUUGGUUCGAGUAUAUACUGACGCUUAUUAUUCCUUCAUAUUGAUAGUUUGCCUUUUCUUUUUACAGUCUUUAGGGGUAAGGGAAUGAAUGGAGUUGAGCGCUAUAAUAAAAGCGUUGUUUUCUUCAUUGAGUGGUCACGCAUCAAAGUUUCUUCCACGAAUAAUAAAGGAACAGCUUUGUUAUUUUUUCUCUGAGUCUAUUUUUGAUGAGCUAGAGCAAUCUGUUAAACGUCUCCGAGAGAGAACAAAGAGGGUGCAACGUCGCGCUGAUGACGAAUCACGAAAUGGCAAAGAAAUUGCAGCUGAUGUUUUACAAUGGUUAAAAGAUGUGAAUGACAUAAUUUCCAAAAAUGAUAAGUUCCAGAAAGAUAAAGACCUUCCAUAUACAGUGUAUUCCAAAGGUUUCUUGCCUAAACCUGGGCUAAGGUGUCGUUUGAGUAGAACGGCUUCUAGACUUGCCAGGAAAGUCGACAAUCUUUACCAAAGGUCAACCUUUGAAGGAGUUUCCUAUGGCCUGCAGCAUUUGUCGAUAGAUUUUAUCUUGUCAGACAUUGAUUUUGAAAGUUUUAAGUCCAGAGAUGAAGUCACAGAGAAAAUUAAUGAGAUGUUGAAAAAUUCUACCAUUAGAAUGAUUGGGGUCCAUGGACCAGGAGGGGUGGGUAAAACCACUCUAGUUAAAGAGAUGGCUAGCAGAGCUCAAGGAGAUAAGGUGUUCGAUGUUGUUGUCUUUGUAAGUGUGACAAAAGAUCCAGAUAUUAAGAAAAUUCAAGGCCUACUAGCUGAUCAGCUAGGUGCGAGAUUGGAUGACGAAAGUGAGAUUGGUAGAGCAAGUCGUUUAAGAGAUACAUUUAAGAAGGAUAGGAGGAAUACUCUAGUGGUUCUUGAUGAUCUAUGGGCUGGAUUGGACUUGAAUAUGCUGGGGAUACCUAUAGAAGAUGUCAAUCUUAGCCUUAAUACUAGUGAAGAUAUUAUCACGAGUAAAAUAUCUACAGAAAUAACAAGUGAUGGUAAUGUUCCAAAAAAGAAACAAGCAACCGGUACUAUCAAAACUAAAAAAGUGAUUGAUGAUGCCAAAUUGUUCAAAAUUGUGCUAACUUCAAGAAGUAGAGAGGUAUUACAUAAUAAAAUGGAUGUGAAAGAAAGCUCAUGUUUCUCCAUAGAAGGCUUAGAUGAUAAAGAAGCAGAGUUUCUACUGAAGAAGGUGGCGAGAGUAGCCGAUAAAACUCCCAAGUUAGGUCAAUUGGCAAUUAAAAUUUCCAAGAAAUGUGGCGGGUUACCUAUAGUUGUCGUCACUAUUGGAAGGACACUAAGAAACAAGAACUACUCAGAUUGGAAUGACACGCUUAGACAACUUGAAAAGCAAGAAUUUACAGAGGUGGUUGAAUCUGUGGAAUUCUCUACAAAAUUGAGCUUUAAUCAUCUAGAAAGUGAAGAGCUCAAGUCUAUUUUCUUGCUUUGUGCUCAAUUGGGUUAUCAUCCAUUAAUUAUGGACUUGGUGAAGUAUUGCAUUGGUUUGGACAUAUUUGAUGGAUUCCUUACAAUCAAGGAAAUUCGUGAAAGAAUACUCAGAUUGAUAGAGAAGUUAAAAGAUUCAAGUUUAUUAUUGAAUAGUUAUUCUAGCGAUUCUUUUAACAUGCAUGAUAUGAUUCGCGAUGUUGCCUUAUCAAUAGCAUCCAAGGAGCGGCAUUUGUUUACUAGGCGAAAUGAGGAAUUGUAUGAGUGGCCUCAUAAAAAUGAAUUUAGGAUGCACAGUGCUAUAUCUGUACACAACUGUGAUAUCAAAGAAAAACUUCCAAAUUUUGCAAGUUGUCCUAAACUCAAAAUUUUCCAUGUUGAUAGUCUUGAUCAUUCUUUUAAUAUACCAGAAAGUUUUUUUAGAGGGAUGAGAGAACUCAGAGCAUUGAUUUUGACUGAUAUUGAUUUGUCAAAGUUUCUUACUGCAAUUGGAUGCCUAAAAAACUUGAGAAUGCUUUGUUUAGAACGAUGCGAGUUAGGUGACAUAUCCUUUAUAGGAGAGCUAGAGAAGCUAAGGAUUGUUAGCCUUUCUGGAUCUAAAAUUAAAAAGCUACCAAUUGAAUUGGGCCACUUACAUAAGUUGCAGUUGCUUGACAUCAGUAAUUGCUCCGAACUUAAAGAGAUCCCACCUCAUGUGUUGUCAAGGUUGAAUAAUUUAGAAGAGUUGUACAUGAGGAAUAGUGUGAAGUGGGAGAGUGAGGGAGAAGGAAGUCAAAUUGGAAAUGCUAUUCUAGCUGAGCUGAGUCACCUAUUCAGAUUGAAGAAUCUAGAUAUAAGCAUAUCAAGUUCUGCAUCAGUUCUACCAAGGAACUUGUUCCUCAAAAAGUUGGAUAGUUACAAGAUUGUUAUUGGAGAGUUUGAGACACUUUCAGUGGGGGAUUUCAAGAUGCCAGGUAAGGAUGAAGCAUCAAGAGUUUUGGCACUAAAGAUAAAUGAGAACAACCUUAUUCACUCUCAAAAGGGUAUCAAGAUGUUGUUUAGAAGAGUAGAAAAAUUGUUAUUGGGGGAACUAAAAGGUGUUCGAGAUAUUUUUUAUGAGUUGAAUUUGGAAGGAUUUCAAUCUUUGAAACAAUUAUCCAUCAUAAAUAACUCGGAUAUUGAAUCCAUCAUUAACUCAAAGGAGUUGCCAGAUCCUAAAGAUGUUUUCCCCAAUCUAGAAUCACUUUGCCUCUACAAGUUAAAGAACAUGAAGAAAAUAAGCUAUAGCAAGCUUACGGGGACCUCAUUUUCGAAGCUAAAAGUUGUUCGGAUCACGAGUUGUGCCCUAAUACACAAUAUCUUCUCACUUUCCAUGGUUAAGCUCCUUGAUAUUCUUGAAACAAUUGAUGUUUCUGAUUGUGAUUCCAUGGAGAAUAUUGUGGCUAAGGAAGAGCAUGAUGCAGAUGAAGAUGAUGAUGUGUUGUUUGUUAAAUUAGGCUCUUUGGCACUGCAAAAUUUGAAGAAAUUUUCAAAAGUCUAUUCUAAUGAUCUGGCUGAAAAUGCUGACACAUGUCUCUUCAAUGAACAGGUCAGAAUUCCCAGCUUAGAGAGCUUGAAGUUGUCUUCGAUCAACAUGCGUAGCAUUUGGAGCAGCCGGUCGAAACCUUUUAAAAAUUUAAUCAAACUGAAUGUGGAAGAUUGUAAUGAAAUAGAAUAUAUAUUUUCAGUUUCCAUGGCUGGGAGUUUGGAGAAUCUCAAAAGCAUGUCUGUCAGUGGAUGUCAGAAGAUGGUAAAAAUAUUUGAAUCUGAAGGAAUUAAUGUGAUUGAAGGAAAGAAGGUUUGGGUGUUUCCUAAGUUGGAGGAAAUCCAUCUCUCCCGCAUGCACAAUCUAACAAGUAUAUGGCCUCGCAAAGUCAGCCAAAAUUCCUUUCCCAGUCUGAAUUCCGUGUUUAUUAAGAGGUGCAAAAAACUUGACAACGUUUUUCCGAGUUAUAUGGUGGGAAGAUUUGGCAGACUAGAGAGCUUGAAGAUUGUUGAUUGUGAUGGAGUGACGGUGGUAUUUGACCUUGAUGGCGCUGAACCAAACAGUUCUGGAGAUGAUACUCACUUGCAGGUUCUUCAAAUACAAAACCUCAGAAAUCUGGAACACUUAUGGAAUAAAGAUCCGAAAGGAAUUCUUAAAUUCAAAAAAUUGCAGAGUAUAGAUGUUACUGAAUGUCGUCACUUGGUAUAUUUAUUUCCAGUUUCGGUAGCCAGAGGUCUUCAAGAAUUGGACUUCCUCUCUGUCCAUAAUUGUGCUCGCAUGGAAGAAGUUGUACUUCAUGAAGGAUUAAAUGCAAGUAUUACAUUUGAAUUUCGUGAAUUAACCCAAGUGGCAAUGGAUCGCCUCCCGGAACUAGAGUGUUUUUAUAAGGGAUCAUACGAUUUAAAGUGGCCGAAAUUAAAAAAGCUGAUAGUGAACAGUUGUGACAAGCUGGAGGUAUUCAGAACAGAAUCCACAAAUUCAGAAGCAGGACCAAUCAGCUUCUUGCCUGAUGACAGUGACGAGAUAAUCUCUAACUUGGAAGUUUUGGAAAUAAGCCAGAACGAAGCGGAGAGGCUACAGAAACACUUUAAAAACUAUCGUAUGAACCAUCUGAAUGACUUUACCUUAUGGUCAUGUCCUUCGAAUGAAAUGCUCUAUUGGUUUAUCCACAGAAUGCCUUCCCUAGAAAGGCUUACACUGUUCCAUUGUUCCUUCAGAGAACUGAUACCUAGUGGAAGCCAUGUGAUACAAGCAAACAUCGGUACUGUAGUCCAGCUUAAAUAUUUGAGACUAUUUUAUUUGCGGGAACUUGAGGAUAUAGGAUUCGAUAGAGAACCAGUCCUCCAAUGUCUAGAGAGCUUGUAUUUACAAUCAUGUCAUGGACUGAUCAAUUUAGCUCCUUCCUCGGUUACUCUCAUUCACUUAAUAUCUCUUGAAGUACAUCAAUGUGGGCGAUUAAGAUACUUGAUGGGAUUUUCCACAGCCAAAAGUUUGGUUCAACUCAUGACUUUGAAGGUAAUUGGAUGUUGGACGCUAAAGAAAAUUGUAGCAGAACAACAUGACGAAGUCAAUAGUAAAAACAUCCCUGACAUCGUUUUUAGCAAUUUGAUGACUUUAGAACUUGUAGAUCUUCCGAAACUCUCUUGUUUCUGCAGCUCUGAGAUUCAUCAAUUUAAGUUCCCUUCUCUCAAAAAAUUGAUGGUGAGAGAUUGUCCAAAGAUGACAGAAUUCUGCAAGCGAGUCACAACUGCGCUUAAUCUACAAGUACUUGACAGAGAAGAACAAGAAGACAACUGGUAUCAAAAGGGGGAUUUGAAUGCUACAAUACAGAAUAUGGUGAAAUGUCUGCCAUCGUUCCGGGAAUUGAAAUUUUCUGAGCAUGCUGAGCUAGAAGAAAUAUGGCAUGAAAAACGUCCCGUGCCAGACAAUUUUUUUCAAAAUUUAAGAGAGCUGGUGGUGGAGAAUUGUCAAAUUAUGUCAAAUGUAAUUCCAUCUAAUUUGCUUCCAUACUUAGGGAAUUUGGAAAGAUUGCAAGUUCGAAAUUGCAGGUCAGUGGUAGCAAUAUUUGAUAUGAAGGACAUGGCGAAGGUGAAAUCCAAUUUGCAAUUCCUGAUAUUGGAUCGGCUGCCAAAUAUGAAGCAUGUGUGGAACCAGAAUCCUCAAGGGAUUUUGAGCUUUGAAAAUCUUGAAGUUAUGAUUGUCAUUGAUUGUGAUUGUCUACAGACUGUGUUUCCAGCGGCAACUUUUGCAAAAGAACUUCUGGAGCUCAGAAGUCUUCAAAUAAAAAAUUGCAGGGCACUUGUGGAGAUUGUUGGAAAGGUUGAAGCGCAUGAAGGAGGAGUUAUUGAAGAGUUUGAGUUUCCACGCUUAACUUCAGUGCUUCUUGGCAUGUUGCCUGAGCUCAAAUGCUUCUAUUCUGGAAGAAUGAAACUACGAUGCCCUGAUUUAAUAGACCUUAUUGUUUAUCAUUGUGGCAAGUUGAAUAAGUCGCAUAUAGUCACAUCAGAAUUCCAAAGCUGCCAAGGAGAAGGUCAAAUUGGUGCCUCAAAUGAUUCACAAUCCUUUUUCUCUACGCGAGAGGUUAUUAGCGGCCUGCGGUGCCUGUCGCUCGAAAAGGAAGAGGCCAUGAUGUUAUGCAAUGGAAAAAUUGCAGAUGAACCUGUAAAGAAAUUAAAAUUCCUUGUGCUGCAUUGCUUUCACAAUGUGAGUGAGGCAGAUGAAUUACCAUUUGGAAUCAUUCACAAGUUACCCGAUCUGGAGGAUCUUCUUGUCGCUUGCAGUGACAUCCGUGAGAUGUUCCCUUGCACAUUUCAGUUAGGAUCUGCUAAGACAGGAUUAGAAAGCUUGAUUUUGGAGGAUUUGUGUAACCUCCAGUGCAUGGGGUUAGAGCACCCCGGCAUGGAUUCUCUCCGACAAAAGCUCGAGUUCUUGUAUGUAGAGAGAUGUCCUUGUUUGACGAAGCUAGUACAAUCUGCAGUGUCCUUUUCCAAUCUAAUACACUUGGUUGUACGGGAAUGCAGUGGAUUGGAAUAUUUAUUCACGGCCGCUACUGCCACGAGUAUGAGGAUGCUUCGUUAUUUGACAGUCUCGAAAUGUGAAUCCAUUAAAGAAAUAGUGGCCCCAGACGAUGACGGAAUUGAUCAGACUACCAGUGAAGUGGUAUUUGAGAAGCUGGUUGAGGUCUCUCUGGAUUCCCUUCCAAGCCUAGCAUGCUUUUAUAGAGGGAGUUCCACUCUGAAAUUUCCAAGGCUGUGUAUCUUGGAGAGAGAUGAAUGCCCCAACUUGGAAUUUUUGGGCCCAAGCAUUGAUGCGCCCCGAUUGCCAGAGCAAGACAUGCCACGUUCCGUGAACAUGCAUGAUUCAUGUAAAGGCUGCGACGGACUCUGCUGAUGCUGUUGGAGGAGGAGAAUGACAAUCAUCGCAUCUUAACCACCUUUUUACUGUAGAGUUACAUGGAACCCAGAGAAAUAGAAAACUAAAAAAAUAAAUCAGAAAAAAAAAAGUGUGUCGUUUGAUGGGACUAUGCAAGUUAUAUCAUGGGUGCUUUUGUUCUUUCAAAAAAAGUCACGUGUGCUUGUGUUUUAGGUUGCUUCGGGACUGUAAAACUUGUUUGAUUUUCCUAAAUCGAUGCAUGCCACGUUAUGUGGCCGCUGAUAGUGUUGUUGGGAGAAAACAUUUGGGGAUCCUUGGUUGUUUGUUAAUGUUGUUCUCUCAGCAGCAUUGUUAUGUUUC